AUUCACACACACCCUCCCUCACUCACUCCUGCAUCGCACAGCACACCCUGGCCUAAUUCAUCGGGUUAUGAAAGCUGCCUGUACGCUGCUAUGUUCGUUCCACUCUCCGUUCCCUUUCUGUUUCAGCGAGCCGGCUCUGAACACACAUGGCCCUUUAAGUCGCCUCUGUCCCUGGCAGGUGCUGACGAAAUAAGAAUGUCUAAACCGGGCCAUCUCGGAAAACUGCACGCAGACGGGAGCGUAACAGAUAAUGAAAGGAACGGUGCUGACUCGGUACACGAGCAAAACAAGGGAUCGCCUUUCUCUCUCUCUCCAAAGAUUACUGAUGAAGAAUGUGGGGACCAGUCCCCGUCUCUUCCUGGCACCCCAGUUCCCCCAAUGCCUUCUGCCCCUGCGACCCCUCAGGCAGCUCCUGCUCCCCAACAGCCUCCUACCUCCCUCCCUCAAACACAGCUUCUCCUGGCCGGCAGCCAGCUUGCUGGGCUCACUGCUCUCCUCCCUGCACAACAGCAGUUGCUUCUCCAGCAAGCGCAGCUUCUCGCCGCAGCCGUGCAGCAAUCAAACGCUGCCGUCAGCGCAUCCCAGGCAGGAGCUGACACGCAGACUAACCCCGCCAACCAACAGCAACCCCCGCAACUCGCCCUUUCUCAACCCAUCCACCUCACUGCACAGGAUAUCCAACAGUUGCUGCAACUCCAGCAGUUGGUGUUACUCCCUGGCCAUCAUCUCCAGUCCCCCACCCAGUUUCUGUUGCCCCAAGCGGGGCAAGGCCAACAAGGUCUGCUAUCUGCACCAAAUCUCUUCCAGCUACCUCAACAAAGCCAGGGGAACCUCCUCACGGGUCAGCCUCGGCCCGGACUCCCCACUCAGGCCGUGUCUCGCCCCGGGCCCCAAGAUGCCCCUCUCCUAUCACAUACCGAGUCAGCAUCUCACCCUGAGGAACCCAGCGACUUGGAGGAGUUGGAACAGUUUGCGCGGACAUUCAAGCAGCGCAGGAUUAAACUGGGUUUCACUCAGGGGGAUGUAGGUCUCGCUAUGGGCAAGCUAUACGGAAAUGACUUUUCGCAGACGACCAUCUCACGGUUCGAAGCUCUUAAUCUUAGCUUCAAAAACAUGUGCAAGCUGAAACCGUUGCUACAGAAGUGGCUGAGUGAUGCAGAGACCAUGUCUGUGGAUAGCACCUUACCCAGCCCUAAUCCCUUAAGCAGCCCCGGAGGGGGUUACGAAGGGCUCCCUGGCCGCAGACGCAAGAAACGCACCAGCAUCGAGACCAACGUGCGCUUCGCACUGGAGAAAAGCUUUAUUGCGAACCAAAAACCUACCUCGGAGGAGAUCCUUGUGAUUGCUGAGCAGCUGAACAUGGAGAAGGAGGUCAUCCGUGUGUGGUUCUGUAACCGCCGUCAAAAGGAGAAACGCAUUAACCCCUGCAGCAGUAUGCCACUUACCCCAACCCAGGGCAAAGGGCAGCUGUAUGGAGCACACAUGGUGUCCCCCCCGGUGUCUGCCCCCAUCCUCACUUCCCAGGCUUCCAGUAACCUCAGCACAACAGUGACUACCUUACCUUCCGCAAUGGUAUCUCUCGCCCACUCUCGCCCUCCGUCCAACACAGCCCCACCAUCUGCCACACCCCCACCAAGCAACAGCACAAGCACUAGUCCUCAGAGCAGCACUCACUCCGGACUAAGCCUAACGGGUCUCAGCCCCAACGCAGGGGGUACAGUGCUCGGGGUCAGCGCGGGGUUGAACCCAGCCCUCAUGGCUGGAAACCCACUGGCCACAAUACAAGCUCUGACCAGUGGUGGCUCUCUGCCUCUCUCCGGGCUUGAUGCCAGCAGUAACCUCCUCCUGGCAAGCGGCUCCAGCAUUUCCGGUGCCCCCAGCCUGGUGAGCCCUCCUCUCUUCCUGAAUCCAGGGGGUCUCCCUCUCAUCGGUUCCAGCCUUGGACGCAUCCCAUCUGCUGGUGGCACUCCAAGUCUUUCACCUUCCUCAACCACCUCUUCUGCAGAGGCUGCGGUACCUACCCUCCAGCACAGCCCAGGAGGCUCCCACCACAGUGUGGAUAGUGAGUGAGGAACAGUUUCUCCCCCCCCCUUCAACACUCACCAGCACCAAUGCUGAGCCUUUGCCGUGAUAGAGGCUCCUGGAUACAUCAGCGCUGGGGAGAAGCGAGGGUGAAUUUUUGGGGGACGCAGCCUCAUUUCUCACUCUUCCUCCCCAGUGAAGAAGAAAUGUGUGAAGUGGGGGGGGCAGGAACAAAAAAAAGAA